AUGUCCGCAACGUUAAAGCCCUAUUUAAGCGCCGUCAGGCACACUCUAAUGGCCGCCAUGUGCCUGGAUAACUUCUCGUCCCAAGUGGUAGAGCGCCACAACAAACCAGAAGUGGAGGUUAGGACGUCGAAGGAGCUCCUGCUCAAUCCCGUAGUAAUAUCCAGAAACGAAAAGGAAAAAGUACUGAUUGAAUCGUCCGUCAAUUCGAUUCGGAUCAGCAUAUCGGUGAAGCAAGCCGACGAAAUCGAGAAAAUCCUCUGCAAGAAGUUCAUGCGAUUCAUGAUGAUGAGGGCUGAGAAUUUCAUCGUUCUUCGAAGGAAACCCAUCGAAGGUUACGACAUUAGUUUCCUAAUAACCAACAACCACACGGAGCAAAUGUAUAAGCAUAAAUUAGUGGACUUUGUUAUACAUUUCAUGGAGGAAAUCGAUAAGGAGAUAUCGGAAAUGAAGCUGGCACUAGAUGUAUUACUGCAAUAA